AAAAUGCAUGAGUUAAAGCAAAUUAAAGCUGGUUAUGCAAAUAAUCGAGCCCGUUUGUCUACCGUAUUAUGUGUUUUAGGAAGCGUACAACGACCAGGGAGCAAUUUAAAUGUUUAGUUUCCAAAAUGAAGGAGCAUCCGGACAUAGCAAAAAUUUUUACUAAAAAUGCACCUGAUUUGGUAGAAAGAUUUUGGGAAAGUGUGCGAGAGGAGUUGAAUUCGAUUGGACCGCCAUCAAAAACCAUUGCCGAAUGGAAAAAGGUUUGGUCGGACUAUAAAUCGGCGAUAAAGAAGAAGCUCACGCAUAACAAAAGUGAGCUACAAGCGACUGGUGGAGAAGAAAAUAGGGAAAUUCCCUUAACAUCUAUGGAAGAAGAAGUUGCUACCCUUGUGUGUCUUAAUGAUUGCGUUGGUGGUAAACUCCAAACAGUUUGGAGUGCCACAGGGGAGAAAUUAUGAUGACGCAGUUCCAUCUACAUCGAGAAAUGUUCCACAGAUGAAAGCUUCUGCUACGAGAGAUGUACCGCAGGAGAGAAUAUCUGAGGACACUUCUCCACCUACUCGGAGAGAUUACGAUGGUAUUGAAGCUCAUGAAGACGUAAAUAUUGAGAAUGACCAAAAUAUUUCUAACCAAAGAAGAAAAAAGAGACCCGAGCAAUUCGAUUUAUUAGAGAAGCAAAUAGGGGUUCAAGAAAGACUGUACGAAAAAGUGUCUGAGGCUGUUGAGAACCAACAGGAAUAUUUUCAACACAUGAGGGACCAUUUAAAAAGACUGAAUAGAUCAGUAGAGAGGCUAGGCGACCAAAAAAA